UCGCCAUGGUGCGCUUCAAGCACAGGUACCUGCUCUGCGAAGUGGUGUCUAACGACCCCCGCUGCCGCCUGAGCCUGGAUGACCGAGUGCUGGUCGGCCUCGUGCGGGACACGGUUGCCCGCGUGCACGGGACUUUCGGCGCGGCCGCCAGCUCCAUCGGCUUCGCGGUGCGAUACCUCAAUGCCUACACUGGAGUAGUGUUGCUUCGCUGCCGAAAGGAAUUCUACCAGCUUGUGUGGUCAGCUCUUCCCUUCAUCACAUACUUGGAGAACAAAGGACACCGUUACCCGUGUUUUCUCAACACCCUGCACGUGGGAGGUACAAUUAGAACAUGUCAGAAGUUCCUGAUUCAGUACAACAGGAGACAGCUGUUGAUCUUACUGCAGAACUGCACUGAUGAAGGAGAACGGGAAGCUAUCCAGAAGUCUGUCGCUAGAAGCUGUUUACUAGAGGAGGAGUCGGGUGAGGAGGAGCUUUCAGAUGGUGGUGAGGAAGCUGCUGAAGCAAUGGAGUGAACCUCUGCAGGCCACACUGUGCCCAAGCCACCUCAGGACCUUCUACAUUUCUAGGAUCUGCUUUCUCCAUAGUAAAGUGGAUGUCAAAGUCCCUGACACAUCUGAUAGAUUUGUGACUUUUGCUUCACAUGCUCCUUCAUCCCCCCAGAGUUUCUGACCCAGGACUUCUGAACCACUUCCUGUUAAGAGUGAUAGGUUGAAGCUAAGCCCAGCUUAUGCUCAUAGUAGCUGAUACUUUAACCUAUUCCAUAAGUAUGUCUAGCUGACCUGAACUUUAAAAAAAAAAAGCUGCCCUGGCCGGGCAGCUCAGAUGGUUAAGAGCAUGGUUCCCAAUAUGCCAAG